AUGGCAAACUACACACCCUCGGCAGCCAUCCUGGCCAUGAUUCCACAGACACCCCCGCUUGCCAGCCAGGACUCUGAUGUCAAUCUCUUUGUGCGCUCGGCUCUUUUCCAAUUCGUGCUCGAGUUCGGAGAGGCCUUCAAUCUGUCGGAUGACGUCCGCUUCCGAGCGCUUGAGCUGUUCAAUGCAUUCAUGGACAGUGUUGUCAAUGAAGUGAUUGAGCUGUCAACUAAGCAACUCGAGCAGUCCAGCAGCUCGAGCAGCGCACCUCCGCCGGGGUCAUCCAUGCCAGAUCGGACCACAAGGCAGACCAACGGUUCCAUGGGCGCCCGCGAAGACGCGACAGUCGCGUGCGUGGUUUUGCUUUGA